CGCAUUGCCAGUCCACACUAUCCUGGCGAUCAGACCGCUCGCCAAAAACCGGUACGAUGGUGCACGGUGCAGCCCUAGUGUAGAGGGCCGCGCAGAAAAAUUAAAAGCAAACUGUUCCUUUUUCAAAACAGAACUUGGUGUCUGAAAUCCCGCGAAGGAAAUUUAAAAAGAAACUGUUCUUUUUUCAAACCAGAAUGGCGAGGAUAGUUUGAGAAGUUUUUGAAGUUGCGUGAUUCUUGAAGAGAUUUUGUGCAUUUUGUGCUGAUGACGUUGGACCAGCUGUCCCCAAAAUGAAACCCCGCAACAUGAAAAAACACAGUGCGAGUGCAAGGACGAUAAUAAUAUUGUGACAGUUCAAUUCGGACAUUUAACCAUGACAGCCGAGCCCAGUUCCUACGAAAUGGAGAUCAGAACCGAGGAGAAAGAACCCAAACCGGCUUCGGGGAAGAUCUUUUACAACCCGGAGGAGACUGAUGAAACCAGUGUGUUUGACAGCUCGAUGGUGGAGUCUCCGAUGCUUGGGGCUGGGUUUAGAGGAAGCGGAUUCCUCAGGCCUCCGUUGACGUUGCAUGCUUCGAAUAGCCUACAUAGAAUCCCGACAUACAGCAGCUCUAUCGGACAGAGUACUAUUUAUCGACAGGAUACGUGCAGGAGCCGGUCACACAGGCACGGAGCCACGCGGAGGACGAGGCGGCGAGCCAUUCUCAAAAAUGGAGAGUGUAAUAUCCUCAAGUCAAAGAUCUCGCAACGGCGGCUGCGAUUCCUACAAGAUAUGUUCACCACCUUAGUGGACGCACAAUGGCGAUGGACUCUGCUCGUCUUCACACUAUCAUUCAUCCUCUCCUGGCUUGGAUUCGCAUUGAUCUGGUGGCUAAUUGCAUUCACACACGGAGACUUGGAAGAAAACCACCUCCCAACCAACCAAGAAAGCUCAGACUGGAAACCGUGUGUGUUCAACAUUUAUGAUUUUACAUCGUGCUUCCUAUUCAGUAUUGAAACCCAACAUACUAUUGGCUAUGGAUCCCGUACGACCACCGAAGAGUGUCCGGAAGCGAUAUUUAUUAUGUGCCUUCAAAGUAUCGUGGGAGUUAUGAUCCAAGCUUUCAUGGUCGGUAUUGUGUUUGCUAAAAUGACCCGUCCGAAGCACAGGACACAGACUCUUCUGUUCUCGAAAUACGCGGUCGUUUGCCAGAGAGAUGGGGAGUUAUGCUUAAUGUUCAGAGUGGGUGAUCUCAGGAAGUCGCAUAUUAUUGGUGCGAGUGUGAGAGCGCAACUUAUUCGCUCGAGAACCACCAAGGAGGGUGAGGUGUUGUCUCAUUAUCAAACAGAAUUAGAAUUGAACGCCGACGGAUGCGACAGUAAUCUGUUCUUCAUCUGGCCGAUCACUAUGGUGCACCGAAUAAAUGCCGAGAGUCCGUUUUACGGUGUGUCUGCAGCGGAUGUGUUACAGGAGAGAUUCGAAAUAGUAGUUAUUUUAGAAGGUACGAUUGAGUCGACGGGGCAGACGACGCAAGCUCGUUCUAGUUACACAACCAGUGAAAUCAUGUGGGGGCACAGGUUCGCGCCGCUGGUGACGUACAACCGCGAGCGCCAGGGCUACGAGGUGGACUACUCUAAGUUCGAGGAGACUAUGCAGGUGGAUACUCCGCUUUGCUCUGCCAAAGAGCUGGACGAGUUCUACGGCAGCCAGACUGAUCGCCGAUCUAUCGGCUACAGCUCUCCCCUCCCUGAUGACACGAUUUACCGAAGUUCCCUCAAGUCACCUCCCCUCGGCAUCGCCGAUAGACUGGUAGCCGAAGCCAUCAGGAGGUCCAGCCUUACCCACAGGCCCUCGAUUGUGAAGUACCCACCAGACUUCUUCAAUGGAUCCGCUGAACCGUCUUCAUCGUCCAGUGAAGACGAGAAGGAUAAGAAGAAACGACAGUCGAAGAGGGCUAGUAAUUCUUGAUCAAGUUUUGGCUAGAUAUUGUGUCAUCAGAUGGCGCUAAUAUUAAAGGAAAACGUUAGAUGGCUUUUAAAUUGAUAAAAUACAUAUGCUAAGGGAAAAUUUAGGAGAUAAAAUUGUAAAGCAAUUAUACUUUUUAAGUGGCGCCGCCUGUUGUUGAGUAGCACAACUACGUGAGAUAUGCUAUAUGCUUCGCUACUAUUUGGCUACAAUUUUGUGACUCAGCGCCAUCUGUUAUCGAAUGGCGAAACAAUGUAAACUUAUGUGUGUUAAAAGUGGUCAAAAGAUAGAUUAAUGCGUGGCUCAUAGCUAUAUAGUUACUCUCUUAACUCUGUCCCACUUUUAUUUUUAAGUAUAGAUAGAUGUUACAUGUUGCUCUUAUUAAAAUUUUAGCUUAUAGUCCGUUUUUUUAGCAUUAGAAAGAACUUCGCAGAAGUAAGCUUGUGGUUCUAAAUCCGGCACUUUCAGUGAUAAUAAUUUAAAGUAAAUUAUAUGUAUUGACCAUGCUACAUUUAGAUAAUUCAAUAAUAUGUUCUGGACUAAUAAACCAUACAUUAAUAUUUGUAAUUCAAUAAUUAUUAACAAUUAACGAGCCUGAUAAAAACUGCACGCUUGCUUCUGUGGAGUUCUUUCUAAUGCUAAAAAAAAUGAACUAUAAUUGCGAUUGUAUGGCGGUGGCUAGAUUCGUCUAAUCUAAUCUAAUCUCGUGGCGCCUAUUAAGGUACGAAUUUCCGUAAGUUUCUUGUCUUGGCGGUGAAAGGGACAAAUACUUGGCAAAUAUUGAGGAUGUAAAUAAAAGAGGAGUGUAUGUCAUUAUUGUAUAUAAUACCUUUCUAUUCUGAUGAACACUAGGUAUCAUGGCUCCUCUACACGAUGGGCCAACGCCGGACACUCCAAGGGACGCAUUUAUGCGUUAGAGGUAGUGAUAUUGUUACCUCAUUCUACCGCAUGGCUGCGUCCAUUGGAGUGGCCGGCGUUGGCCCAUCGUGUAGAGGAACCGUCAGGUUAGGUAAGGCAAUACAAAUUCAAGCGUAUAGCUACAGCGCCCGCGCUGUGGAGGCCCCUGUGUCUCAUAGACAAUAGAAUAAGACUUUUUAAAUUAUGGUAACAUUCCAUUUCUGACCGCAGCUGCACUACUAGUACUGAACACAAUGUUUUUGUCAAUUUCCAUAGUAAAAUGAACAGUAUUGCAGCUGCCGGUGGAAAAUGAACUGUCACCUUUAAACUAAACUUCCGAUUCUGACUACAAUUUAGGCAACAUUAAAUGUAUGCGCUUUAUAUCAUAUUAAAUAUAUAGAUAUUUUUGGCAUCGUAGAUACGAUUAUUAUUAAGCAGUAUUAUUAUUCUAUCGCCUUAACAACAGUCUAUACAAAAAUAUAAUAAUGAUUUAUCCUAUUGAUAAAUAUAUAUUUAUAACUACAAAGGCUAUAAUGAGGUGAGACAACGGUUCUAGAGUCAGACCAAGAUCAUUUGCAGCAGCAUUCAUAACCUGCAGCGGAUUUGAUAGCCCAUGCAGUGCAUGUUUUAUUUUAAACGUCAAACUUCUAUGAAAUUAUGACGUAUAAAUAACACUUACACUGCGUGGGCUAUCAAAUCCGCUGCAUACUUUUUUUGGUCCGACUCUAUAAUUAGCCCUUUUUACCUGUUAUUUUAAGGGUGGCACUUGUUCCAUGCAGGGCACUUGCUCCACCUAAUCAUAGCAUUUCUAAUACUUAUGUUGUAUAAAUAUUGUAAAAAAUGUCCCAAUGGCAAUACAAAAGCUGUAUAUUUCACUAGUAAAUAUAUAACAGACACGUACUUUGUACGAAAAGACCGACUAAUGAUUAGUUUUUAUCACACUUCAUGUUCGAUUCCUUACUUCAAUUAUUCUUUGUCUUAUGUAUAUUUGCAUCUCACAUUUCGCUUAAUAAUAGAGUGAGACGCAAUGCACAUUGAACCAAGAAAUUGGACAAGUGGAAUACCAAUCAUAGUUACGUAAAACCACACAGUAGUAAUAAACUAAUAAAGAGUGUCACCUUCUCGAAAUAGAAAACUAUGUCUUUUAUAAAUCCCUAGAUGGCGCUGUCACUCGAGACUUAUAACCGGCGAAUCAAGUAUAGUUCAAAUCGUUAUUAACCAAAAGUGAACACGCCAUAAAGUUUAAUUACGAAAAUUAGCGAUUAACACUGUUUAUUAAUUUACCAUUCCCAGGUUAAACAUUACUAUGUAAAAUGUCUCAUAUCUACAUAAUGCUAAUACACUGAAUAAUCCAUUAUUUUCUCACCAAUGUUUACUUAAUUUACAUUUAAGAUACAUCUAGUGAAUACGACCGCUUAUGUACCUAUCUAUGAAUUAUAUUCAAUGUUAAAAUUGCCAAUAAAUAAAUAUACUGAAUUUGACUUUAAAAACAUAAUACAUAAAGGAAAAUAAUAAAUAUAAGUAAACUUAUGUAUCUAACAUUAAAUACAAUGUUUUAUUUCACUGUGUUAUAAAUAAACAGGGGCCACUGAUUUUCUAAUCAGACUUUAAAAUUCAAAGUGACAGGGCUACCGCAAAAACCGAAAUUCGCAAAACGCGGGGAUCUUUCUCUUUUACUCCAGGCUCCUACAGGCUUAAUUAGAGUGACAGAGAAAAAUGCCCGCAAUUGGCGAACUUCGAUUUUCGCGGUUAUAGCCCAGUUACUCUUCACUGUCCUAACCCGAGUAUGUUAAAAAGAUGUUUUAAUUGAGCGUUAGAUAUUAUGGGUGUUCGAACACCUAAUCUAUUUGGAUAGGUACGUUUGUCAUCAAGUGUUUCUACAUCAUUUCAAAACACUUCGUCAAAAAUGUGUCAAAAGAAUGUAGAGACAAAAACGUUCUGAUUUAGGACGUUAUAAAUAAUUAAUAGAUCUCAUCAUUAUUGUAUAGGUGACGCUAUCUGGAGAAAUAAAACUCCCCUCUAGUGUGAACUCGAAGAAUUACAAAAUAUAUCCUUACACGGCGGGAAGAAGUUGAUAACUCUAUAUUAUACCGAAGAAAUUUGAACUUUAAAUAAAAUUACAUAAGGUUCAAAUUUCUUCCAUUUUUUCCCACCGGAUAUCAAUUUCUUCCCGCCGUGUACGGAUAUGGUAGGUAUUACUUUUAAUUUUUAUCCCUGAGUUACAAUACUACAUUACAAUAAUGAUGAGUAUCGACAUGGAUGGAUAGUGUCUUUAUUAAUUAAUUGUCCAGAAAUAAGCUGUUUGUUGUGAUAUCUGAUUUGUGAUAACAAACCAACAAAUUAAUAAAUCAGGUCAGGAUUGCGAGAGUAUCAUAAAAACCACCAUCCAAACGACAAAACAAGUAAGUAUCUCACGCACUUACUGUAUUCAUUUGGACCGUAAUGCAACGGAUUUCUAAUAUUUACUAUAAACUGAAAUAAUCAGCAAUUAACUACACAUCUAUCGUUAGUUCAACUACCGACAGUAUUAUUACAGACUUUAUUCCUACAAACACGUUUGAUACACGCUGCGGAGCAUUUCAUUUCGCAUAAAAAGACAGAUCGUGGUGUCAUUUUACUCGUAUGUCUAAAAGUACCUAUCUAAGAAAACAUAAUCAGUAUCUUGACUCUACCUAGAAUUAAUCUUUCAUGAUUUAAAGAUCAGAUAUGUGAAUAUAUUAUGCGCUGACAUACAGUAGGCAGGUAUUACUUAAGUCAAGUUACUGAUUAUGAAGGAUAAAAAUUUGAUAGUUAUCAUAAAAAAUUAAAGCUCUUGUUAUAAAUUAGCUCCGCAAUUUUUGGCCGCAUUUAUUCGAAUAAAUACUUGGUCUAGAAAAUUUUAAAUAAAUUCACUCGCACAUUAUCAAAUUUACUACAUAAAAAGGGAAAUCGUUAUUUCCGUUCUCAUCUCAUACACAGAUAGGAAACCUAGUCACUAAGAAAAUUCGGAUAGAUAAGUGAAGCCUUUUUUGUAUUUCCUGUCACUGUUAUGAAAUCAAUUGUACAAGUAUGUAAAAUUAUUAUGUAAAUGGAAUAAAACAGAAAGGAAGACUU